CAGCAUAGCAAAGCCAUAAUGAUCCACGUGGGAAAAUCAAUCUGUUGGGAAUUGUCUGGGCCUUCAGACUCUGAUUGCUACAUUGCAACAUCACCUUGCAUUGAUACAUUUUACAUUAUUAAUUAAUAGAUUAUUUACUAAUGUCUAAAUAAAUAAAAGAAUAGUAAAUGAAUUUAUUAAAGCAUAUUUUAUUGCACAUUUCAUUACUGAAGCGCAACAUUCUUUAUUUUGAUGUGUGUGUCUCUUCUGGUCGUGGAAAUGUAUCCUAUAAAACACACUCAUGACCAAAUCAGGUGUAUCUGAGCAGCAUAUGUGGUGUCAGUGUUCCCUGAGUGCUGUGAAAAGCCACUUUGGUAUUCAUGUCAAACUGUCUAACACACAUGCAGGGGAGCUUUGCAUGACCUCGGUAGGCGCAGCUCCAGCAGGUGGUGCAACAAUAUCAGGAUCUUUAUCUGAUAACAUCUGAUUAAACGAUGCAGUGCCAGUUGUGCUUGAAUGAAUCUUCAUGUAUCUGCAGUGUGGACUGAUGUGAAUCUAGGCUACAUUUACAACAUUUGCACCACUUUUGUUUUCUGUAUAAGAAACUGUAAUUCAGACAUCCAAUCAUAACGUCUGUGGCCUCUCACUACAGGCCGCCACGCGACCAGUCAGUGUGUUCUGCUUCUAAUUGUCUUCCUCCUGUCUCUGCAUCAGUCCAUGGUGCUGCUGCUGCACAGCCAGCACCAGUACAUCUUUGACUAUGACUCCGUGGACCGCCUGUCAGCAGUCACCAUGCCCAGCGUGGCCCGACACACCAUGCAGACCAUCCGAUCCAUAGGAUAUUACAGGAACAUCUACACCCCACCAGAAAGCAACGCGUCUGUUACUGUGGAUUAUUCUGAAGAUGGACAGCUCCUGAGGGUGGCUCAUCUAGGCACUGGCCGGCGUAUACUGUACAAAUACCGCAGACAGAACAAGCUGGCAGAAAUCCUUUAUGACUCGACCAGGGUCAGCUUCACAUAUGACGAGACUGCUGGUGUGCUUAAGACUGUCAACCUGCAGAGCGAAGGCUUCAUCUGCUCCAUCCGGUACCGCCAAAUUGGCCCACUGGUUGACCGGCAAAUAUUCCGCUUCAGCGAGGACGGGAUGGUGAACGCGCGCUUUGACUACACCUAUGACAACAGUUUCAGGGUCACCAGCAUGCAGGCUGUAAUCAACGAGACGCCGCUGCCCAUCGAUCUCUAUCAGUUUGACGACAUAUCUGGGAAAGUGGAACAGUUUGGGAAGUUUGGAGUCAUUUAUUACGAUAUCAAUCAGAUUAUCUCCACAGCAGUAAUGACCUACACAAAACACUUUGACCAGCACGGCCGCAUCAAGGAGAUCCAGUAUGAGAUUUUCAGGUCACUGAUGUACUGGAUCACCAUUCAGUAUGACAACAUGGGCCGAGUGACAAAGCGUGAAAUCAAGAUCGGGCCGUUUGCUAACACGACCAAAUAUGGUUAUGAGUAUGAUGUCGAUGGACAGCUGCAGACCGUCUCCCUCAAUGAGAAGAUGAUGUGGAGAUAUAAUUACGAUCUGAACGGGAAUCUGCAUCUGCUGAACCCUGGGAACAGCGGGCGUUUGACCCCUCUGCGCUACGACCUGCGGGACAGAAUCACUCGGCUGGGAGAUGUUCAGUAUAGGCUGGAUGAGGACGGCUUCCUCAGACAGAGAGGAGCUGAGAUAUUUGAAUACAACUCCAAAGGCCUACUAGUUCGUGUCUACAGCAAAGCAGCCAGCUGGACCAUCCAGUACCGUUAUGACGGCUUGGGUCGGCGAGUAGCAUCUAGGAACAGCCUGGGCCAGCACUUGCAGUUCUUCUAUGCGGACCUGAACUAUCCCACCAGGAUAACCCACGUCUACAACCACUCCAGCUCAGAGAUCACGUCCUUUUACUACGAUCUGCAGGGCCAUGUUUUUGCCAUGGAGAUCAGCAGCGGAGAAGAGUUUUAUAUUGCAUGUGAUAACACUGGGACUCCACUGGCUGUGUUCAGUAACAAUGGGCUCCUGCUUAAACAGGUGCAAUACACAGCGUAUGGUGAAGUUUACUUUGAUUCCAACCCAGACUUCGUGUUGGUAAUUGGUUUCCAUGGAGGUCUGUAUGAUCCUUUGACGCGGUUGCUUCAUUUUGGAGACAGAGAUUAUGACAUUCCUGCGGGAAGGUGGACCACUCCUGACAUCAGCACAUGGACACGUGUUGGUAAGGACCCUCAGCCCUUUAACCUGUACAUGUUCCAAGGUAACAACCCCAUCAGCAAGAUCCACCAGGUCAAAGAAUAUGUCACAG